AUGAAUAGUGGCAAAGUGCGGAGCAGUGGAAAGCGAAAACCAUUCCGCGGUCGUCGCAUGCGUGGCUUAUUUACUAACGGUGUUUGGUAUUGUGAUUGCAAUCCAAGAUUACCGGCGGAGCAUUUCAAGGUCAAGAAAGAAGGAAAGAAUCAGGGCCGCUGGUUCUACACGUGCCAGAAACCCGAGGAGCAACGAUGUGCAUUUUUCCUCUGGGACGAGGAUGCUAAGAUAAGGGAAGAAAGUGCUGUGUUGAAUAACUCGAGGACCGAGCCGAGAGCACCCCUGACCGUGGGAGCAAGUGGACGAGACAGAGAGCAACAUCAUUCCGAGAAUGCGAAAGCUCCUGAAGAAUCAGGUUCACAACGCGAAUCGGUGAUUAAACUUCGAGCGGAUUCCCCAUCUAGCUCCCAUCACGAGGAGAGUGGUGACGAGCAUACUAAGGACAGUGACAGUUCUCUCGUCAGUGAGGCUGGUUUACGAAGUUUAGAAGAAAACGCGAUAAGGUCAUUACAACAGCCCCAAUUACCUUUGGAACCCAAAACGCCGGCAAAAAGAAGUCAUAUCGAGAUGCAUGGGUUACCAACACCGGACACGAUCGGUCGACAACAUCAUUCUUUAGGCUACCCUGUGUCAUCACCUUCCAAGCGAAGAGCCACAGAUGUUGAACUACUCAAUUUGGUGUCCCCUACAACAACACCGACCCCAGUCAGAUUCAGAGAUGCCGUGGGAGGCUCAGGAGAUGACACUCUGUUCGCGGAGAUCGAGCAAGUCUUGUCAAGUCAUAGAGUAAAGUUGAACGCGGAUACAUCGAAAGCGGUGAAGGCUAUAUGCCACAAGCAUACAUUGCGCAUGCAAGGUGUUAUCAAAGGGCGUGAAAUAUCCAGACUAGCUUUGAACGCAAAGGAUGCAAAAAUCCUCGAGUUGCAACGCCGCAUUGACACUCUCGAGGCGGAGCACGAGACCGAAAGAGCCAUCGUCCGGCAUCUGCUAUGGGAAAAUGAAGUCAAUGAUGAGUGA